AGAGCUCAAACAGUGCAGUCAGUCCAGUCUCACUGUUGUUCAGAUCAGGGAGGUAGAGAAAAGGGAAGUAUCACACACACACACACACACACACACACCCAACCUCACGCACCACUACACGCAGGGUAAACAAAUAUAUUUGAACAGUAACGACAGAAAAAAAAAACUCCAGACAGAAGACACGCGUGGAGGAGAGAGGAUGUCUUCCCAGCGCUCGGACUACAGCGAGCGGUGCCCAGCACCCUCUACCCAGGGCUGGGAUUGGCACCAGGAGCAGGCUGGCAGACCGCGGGCAUCCACCCAAGUGGAGCAGCACGGACCGGGUCUCCCCGUCAAAGCGCAGGAGGAGCUGAAGGUGUCAGGUUGUCAGGGAAACAAGGGUGGGGCAUGUCUGGGCAGCGCUGGGGAGAGCCCCACCAGCCCGCUGUCGUCGUCCUCCUCGACGUCUCCAGCGUCUCCUGGGAAACCUCACCCAAACAACGGGACCAGCGCCAGCCUCACCCCAGGGUCCUCUCUCCCUCUCCACCCCGCCACGCCCCUGCCCCCCACCUCCUUCGGUGCUGCACCGUCCUUUCCAAAGACUGUCCCGGCUCCCGCCCUGGUCCCGCCUCCAGGCCCCAACUACUGUGUGAUUGACGUGGUGGCCGACAGCUACGCAGAUGUGAGUGACGACGACGACGACGAUGAUGAUGAGGAUGACAAGAGUGUUGCGUGGCCAGCAGGGGGCGCAUGGAGAGACACGCAGCAGCGCCAAACGGUGACGCGCACCACCUCUGACUCCUCCCGCCUCACUGUGCCCACCAGUCCCCAGCUGCCAGACAAGUACCCCGGCAAACCCGCCCCGAUGCAGGAGCAAAAGCAGCUGCAGCAGCAGCAGCAACAACAACAACAACAACAACAGCAGUCUGCCUCCAAACGCUCCCCCGCUGUGGAGCAGAAGCCCUUCCCAGUUCCACCUGCUGCCCUCUCCCCCUCCCGGAGCCCCAGCCGGACCACCAGCAGCUCCCCGCAGCUGCAGCGCAACGGCAGCCCCGUUACACCUGAGGCCUGGCACACAGAGAGACGCCAGUCAGUGCCCGCAGCAGCCUCCACUGACACCUUCGACAGCUGCCACACCAAGGCAGUGGUGAAUGUGAAGGAGGACAAGAUGUUCAAACAGGAGAAAGCGGACCCCUUUAGCAAGGGAGACUCUUUCAACAUGUUCGAGAAGACGGAUAAACCGGAGAAGGUGGAGAAGAUGGAUAACUUUGAGAAGAAGGAGAAAGACGACGAGACUAAAAAGAUAGAAAACGCGGAUAAGACUCAGAAGAGCGAGAAUAUCAUCAAAGACGACAAGAUGGAGAAACAGGACAACAAAGCUGAGAAGAACGAGAAGCUGGAGAAAGUGGACAAGCCUGAGAAGACCAACAAGGAGGAGAAAGAGGAGAAGAAGGUGAACAAUGAAAAGACUGACAAGGCAGCCAAAGGGGAAAAGAACGAAAAGGCUGGAAAAGGUACCGCCAAGUCCCCAACCGCCAAGUCCCCAACAGCUAACGGCAGCAAAGACCUGAUCAGCCCAGACAAGGCUAAGCCAACUGUAGGGUCAACCAAACCAAGCGCAGCCAAAACAAGACCAAACUCGCUGUCCACGGCAGACAGUGCUGCCACACAAAAUCGCACGUCCCCUACAGCCAGGCCUGCUGCCGAUAAAAAAAGCCCGGCCCCCAAGGCCACCACCCCAUCUAGUGGCAUGAAGCGACCCCCACCCAAUGAGGCUAAAGCCAAGACACCAGAAAAUGGCACUAGCCAACGGCGACCCCCAGGGCCAAAGGCCAAUGGAGCUCCUGCAUCUCGCACCGGCACCAGCGCCCCCUCUGCCCGCCGCGCCUCAGUCUCAAAAACCGAGAGCAAACCAGGAGAGGCGAAGAAGCCCAGCCCAGGCAAGACGCCAUCAGCCCGCCCCAAGACGAGCCACACACCGACCCCUGACUCUGCCACACCGGCAACCACCAACGGCACCCCUCGUCGCACCCGCAUCACCAAACCCCCCGUGCCCAAGCAGACAGUGCUUGAGAAGAAGCCCCCUGUCCCGCGGGCCCCCAGGAAGCCCCUCUCCCAUGCACCCAUGCCCGACUUGAAGAACGUCCGCUCCAAAAUCGGCUCGACGGACAACAUGAAAUACCAGCCUGGCAGCGGAAAGGUGUCUGCAGCCCAGGGCAGGAGUGAUGCUCUGGCAAAGGCCUCCCUCUCCAAAGAGACCGGCCAGAGCAAAGUUCAGAUAGCUCACAAAAAACUGGACUUCAGUCACAUCACCUCCCGCUGUGGCUCCAAGGACAAUAUCAAGCAUGUCCCUGGUGGAGGGAAUUUUCAGAUUCAAAAUAAAAAGGUGGAUUUAAGCAAAGUGACCGCCAAGCUUGGCUCCAAGGACAACAUGAAGUACAAGCCAGGAGGUGGCGAUGUCAAGAUUGAGACCAACAAGGGGAAUGGCAAGGCCAAGGGAUCUAAAAUGGGAUCUAUGGACAAUGUUGGCCAAGAACAAGGAAAUGGCAAUGGCAAGGCUGAGGGGGCUAAAGAGAAGGCAGGAGAGAGCCCAUCCCCCCCUGGUACCAAUCAGACAGCUGCGUCAGCCAGCGUGGCAAAGGAGAAUGGGGUGAAGGAGAGCACCUUCAUGCCCAUGCCGGUGCCCUCUGUGGGCGAGGGGCUCCGAGACCCCCCGCAGGGCAUGGACAAGCACAUCACUGGGACAAAUUGAGGCUUACCAGCGGAGCUUUGGCGGGAACGCACGAGCUCGCACAGACCACAGCGCCGUCAUCAUCUCCUGGCCCCUCCCUUCCUGAGUGGCAGCCACUCCCCCUCCACCCACAUUGCAGCACCUCUCUCAGUGUCUCUCUGGGGUCCGCUAUCCUAACCCCCCCCCCACCACCACCCCCCUCACUCCGAAUCUGCCUGCCCCAUCACCUCUCUCCAAUGAGACAGGGGGCGCCACACACACACACACACACACACACACACACACACACGCACACUCCCACACACACACUAGCAGGACAGUAACUGGUUAUUUUUGACCACACAUUUACAGCAACAAAACAUACACCUUUACUAAGCUGUCUUUAUCUCCCACCCCCACUGUCAUCCUCUCUGUCCUCUAGGACUCUCCAUGUGGCUCUGGUAUGUCUUGCUGAAGCUCAGCACAGAUUAGAGCUCUGAAAAGACAAAGGUUUUAAAAACAUGGGUUUCGGUCUCCUCUGGGAUUGGGCUGGCUUUUUUUCAAAACUACGGGAUAAGGUCUGUGGUAGAAGUUUGGGAUCGAACCCCUUCUGGAUACGGUCAUGUUAGGUCAGUCAGUGAAAGAGUGUAGUUAUCCUACCUUCUCCUACAAGUCCUGGCACAGAACUGUCUGUGUCCUUGCUGCUUUCUAAAGACCACUUAUCCUUGAUUUCCUGUGGGCAUUUAGUGUAUUUCACUGUUGUCCGUUUAUUGGUGUGAGCCAAUGAUCUUCCUUUGACUGACCCAAGCACAUGCAACCCAAUAGCUACUGCUGUAUCUGAGCACGCCUAUCAGCCGACACCUCUCGCCCCAAGGGAACCCCAGAAUUCACUUGAGAUGUAGCUUCUUACAUCAUACUAUGGCAAUUAGUGAAGCACCCUUUAUCGUGAGCAUGUGGGGCUGUCUUUGAAUCCUAAUGAAAUGGGACUAACCAGCCAACAUUCACCCAAUCUCUCCCCUUUGCCCUUUGCCCAUGUCUUGAUUCUUCACUUAGAUUAUAUCCCCGUGGUCGCCCUCUAAACAGCACUCAGAACUAUUAGAAAAACUUGUAGGCUCUUUGAACAGUAGGAUAUUUACUUCUCUGUAUCGUGUUUGCGUAUAAAAAUUUACUGUAACAAUGAGCUGUAUCAUAUGUUGUUUCGUCAUCAGGCUACUUCUUUCUCUCAUCGUACCGUUUCUCUCGAAGCAAUAUUGUGGUCUUGGCUGAUGGGGCGCAAAAACCUCAAGUGCACAGGUACAUCAAAGCUACACUACGGUACAGCAGGAGAUCCAUGCAUCCCCACUUAGGACAUAUAUGCAGGAUGAGGGAGGGAAGAGGGUGACUAUGUCAAAUGGCAGAAUGGAAUAUUUCAGAAACCUGCAGGGAGUGGGCAGGGGGGAGGGGACGUUUACACCGCAGAUGAGAUAGGUAUAUUGGGAACAUUUCAAAAGGCACACACGGUGUAAUACAUAAAGGACUACUUAUGAUACCUGUCUCUGGAUAGACUUGGAUGGUUGCUUGGUAGUUUGGGAGAUAUUGUAAUGAAAAACCACUGUUUUACUUGUAAGUUAAUUGAUGGAGACAUGUUGUCAAGCAUCACCAAAA